CCGUCUCGCACAGAGCUUCUAGCAGAAAUGAGAACAGCAUUGUGGGUCUGGGUGCUGUGUGUGCAGGGCUACCUGCUCACACAAGCUCUUGACUGUGCAGACGGUGGCGCAGAUUGUGCCAAUGCCCAGGUCAGCAGGGUCAAGGUAAGGAUGGCGAGACAGAUCGGCCCAGAGCAUGGUAGAGGAGGACAUCACAACCAAGCCCACCUACCAGGGGCCUUCACAGCCAAGGGUUUUCCCAACACCCUCAUUCAGGCUGAUAGAUCAAGGCGUAACCUGAACAGCACUAAGAGGAGACCCGCUCCUCUCAGGUCACGAGUUGGGAGUCACUCAUUGCUUAGUAACAACCUGGCAACCCCUCUGCAGGUAGUGAGAGCUCGAGGACAUGGUGGACCCGCUGCUGAUUCAGCGAUGUCUUCAUUAAAGUUGAUGAAGCCAAGGUACAGGAGAAGUGCAACCAGGAAAAAGAAGAACACGAAAGCUGCUGUCUGCUCAUGAGAUGGAACGUCUGGAAAAGAAAGUCAAACCCAAGGACAAAUACAAAGGACAAUACAGGGAUACAUGUAUUCACUUCAUUUAUAUCUGAGUAUUUGCUUAGAUUCAGUCAUGUAGGCACCCUGUAGGUGUAUAGCCUUAAGCAUUAUAUAGUAAAAUUAUCACAUUAUUAGGGGUUACUGCUAUUUAUCACCACACCUACUAUUGUCCCCAAACUGACCUUUAAUAUUUGUUGUAAAAUAAGCAAUAGUUUAAUAAGAACUUCAUUGCAUUUGACAAGUCUUACAUUUGACUUGAUGUAUUUUUUGACUGCCGAUUAACUGCUAUAGGACAAUGAAACAUAAUGUAAGGACACUGGAAAGGACCAAAUACUCAUUUUCUCAUUUCGUGCACACUGCUAAAGCAAACAACAUUUAUACUUCUUCUAGUUAAAUAUUUUCAUGUUGAUUUUUUUUAUAUAAAAAUGGAUUCUGUUCCUCUGAUAUAUCUAAUAAAU